CGCCAGACGUCAUUGCGUCGCCGGUAGCUUCUUUUAAAGCGAUGCGAUUUUGUCAGGUUACAUUUUAUUUGCUGUAAAACAACUCUGCUAGUAAUCAUGACUAACCAACUUUGCAAACUAUUUGUCGGUGGCUUGAACGUCGAGACUACAGACGAUGGCCUUCGUCAACAUUUCGAGCAGUACGGCCAGUUAACCGACUGCGUAGUGGUCCAGAACCAGCAGCUACAAAGGUCCCGCUGUUUCGGCUUUGUAACCUACUCAAGUGCGGAGGAGGCCGACGCAGCCAUGGCCGCCAGGCCACAUGUCGUCGAUGGUACCAACGUGGAGUUAAAAAGGGCCGUUGCACGGGAAGAUGCUGGUAGGCCAGAGGCACUCGCCAAAGUAAAGAAAAUAUUUAUUGGUGGGCUGAAAGACGACAUUGAAGACGAACAUCUGAAUGAUUAUUUCUCUCAAUUCGGCGCAAUUGAGAAGGCCGAAGUCAUCAGCGACAAAGAGACUUUCAAAAAAAGGGGAUUCGGCUUUGUCUACUUCGAAGAUAAUGACUCUGCCGACAAAGCGGUAGUGCUGAAGUUCCACACCAUCAAUGGACACAAAGUGGAGGUGAAGAAGGCCCUCACCAAACAAGAGAUGCAGUCAGCCGGUGGUCGUGGUGGCCGGGGUGGGAGAGGAAUGAGGGGGUCUCAAAAUGGCUACGACGGCGGAAGAGGUGGCGGCUACGGCAGCUAUGGCGGUGGCUAUGGAGGAAACGAUGGCGGCUACGGUGGAGGAUACGGCAACGGAGGUGGUUACGGUAACCAAGGGGGAUACGGAGGAGGUUAUGGCGAUCAAAUGGGGGGCAGUUAUGGUGGGAACGGUUACAAUGACUUUGGCGGAGAUUAUGGUCAGCAGUCUUCCGGUUAUGGUGCAAUGAAGGGGGGUAGCUAUUCAGGCAGGAGCGCUGCACCGUACUCCCGUGGAGGUGCCGGUGGCUAUGGCAGGGGUGGAUAUGGUGGUUAUUAGAUGCCGUUGACCUCUCAACCCCCAAUUUGAAAUGUUCAUAAUUUCUGAUUCAAUGAACUGAAUUUACACACGGGCCAGAGUGCCCUAUUUCUUUGUUGCUCCAAUUUAAAAGGACUCGCGCCCCUCACCCACCCUGAUUUAACCCCUAUCCUACCCCCUCCAUCUGGACUACACCAUUGUCCCUAGGCGGCGUUACUAAAGACAUUAUGGACUUUGUUACCAGUUCAACUUUAUGACUUGUCGAUGUAGUUUCGUGGUUCUUUAAACAUUUUUUUUAUUAAAUUGUAGUUAACUUCCCUGCUUCAAGACUUUCCUAUGAUACUGUAUGUCAGGGGUGUCAAACUCGUUCCAUGGAGGGUCUAGUGUUUCCAGCCUUUUCCCCCCCUUUUCAAUUACGCCCUAGGCUUCAGUGUGGGGAGUUCCUUACUAAUUAUUGACCUUAAUUCAUCAAGUACAAGGGAGGAGCUAAGACACUCGGCCUUCUGUGGAAUGAGUUUGACACCUGUGCUCUGUCCUUAGUACCAGCAAGGUUAAUAACAAGUCAAAUUGCUUUGCAACAUGAAACUCAGGGGUAUUAAUGGAGUUUAAAGCAAUCUUCAUGAAUGCUUGAGUGGUUUAAGAUCAUAAAAUUUCGUGACAGUGUUUUGAGGAAUUGAAAGAACUAUGGUUAUUGUUUUUAAUGGUUACCUCCUAAUGCUUUUCUCCGUCCAAUAUGUGCUGUUCAAUACCUUGUAAAUCAAUGCAGUUGUGGAAUGUUACUAAAAUCCUGAAUUAGUUGACUCUUGAGUCUCACUCCUUUGCCUGUAAUAAAGUUUUUAAUGUUGUCAAUUUAA